ACGGCGGAUUCUCCACAGCAUCUGCUCCGCAAGAGCCGGCACACCUGAGCCGCUGUUGACGGCAGCUACUGGCGUUUCGCUGCACCUCUGAGCGAGUGGAUGCAGAGAGCUGUCAGCCAAUGAACCAUUACCGAAAUCACUGGCGCACCCAGUUUAAGUUAAAUUAUGGCAGACACAUGUUCAUCUCCACUGAAGCACUUUGUACAGGCCAAAAAGAAGAUUAAUACCAUCUUUGAACAAUUGUUGGAAUAUGUUAAUGAAGGGGCGAGUUUUAUUGAAGGGUCUCAUCAGAAUGAAGGCUUAGAGAAGAUAACAACACAACAGCAGUUGUCAGAGAUAGAAAUGUUUGCUUCUAAAGUGGCGGGAAUCAGUGAGGUGCUGGCACGUAGGCACAUGAAAGUAGCCUUUUUUGGAAGAACGAGUAAUGGAAAGAGUACUGUAAUCAAUGCAAUGUUACGGGACAAGGUACUGCCGAGUGGCAUUGGACAUACAACUAACUGUUUCCUAAGUGUUGAAGGAACAGAAGGGGACAAAGCUUAUUUGAUGACUGAAGACUCUGAGGAAAAGAAGAAUGUGAAAACUGUGAAUCAGCUGGCACAUGCUUUACAUCAGAAUGAAUACUUAGAUGCUGGAUGUCUAGUUCGUGUUUUUUGGCCAAAAUCGAAAUGUGCUCUUCUACGAGACGACUUGGUGUUAAUGGACAGCCCUGGUACUGAUGUCACCACUGAGUUGGAUUCAUGGAUUGACAAAUUCUGCCUAGAUGCUGAUGUCUUUGUGUUAGUUGCAAAUUCUGAAUCAACACUAAUGCAAACAGAAAAACAUUUUUUUCAUAAAGUUAAUGAGAGACUUUCCAAGCCGAAUAUUUUCAUCUUGAAUAAUCGUUGGGAUGCUUCUGCUUCUGAGCCAGAAUACAUGGAUGAAGUGCGUCAGCAGCAUACUGAUCGCUGUAUUAACUUCCUGGUUAAUGAGCUUGGAGUAAUGGAUCGUGCACAAGCUGAGAAUCGUAUAUUUUUUAUUUCUGCCAAGGAGGCUGUAAAUGCCAGAAUUCAUAAAGCUCAAGGGAUGCCAGAAGGUGGUGGUGCACUAGCAGAUGGAUUCCAGGCUAGACUUUUUGAAUUUCAAAAUUUUGAGCACCAGUUUGAGGAGUGUAUCUCGCACUCAGCAGUGAAAACAAAAUUUGAGCAACACACAAUCAGAGCUAAACAGAUCAUAGACACUGUGAAAAACAUCAUGGACUCCAUCAAUGUGGUUGCAGCAGACAAAAGAGUGCAUUCAUUGGAGGAACGAGAAGAUCAUCUGGAUCGACUGGAGUUUGUGCGUAAUCAAUUGACACUACUGUCAGAGGAUUGUAAGAGGAAAAUAAAACUGGUGACAGAGGAAGUAGAAGCUAAGGUAUCAGCUGCAAUGGCAGAUGAAAUCUGCCGCCUUUCUGUAUUGGUUGAUGAAUUUCAUGGAGACUUUCAUUCUUCUUCUUCAGUCUUAAAGUUUUAUAAAAAUGAUCUUUAUAAGCAUAUUGAAGAUGGAUUAGGGAAGAACUUGGCUGAUCGUUGUUCCAGUGCAGUGCAUGCAUCUUUACAGACAGCACAACUUCAAAUGAUAGGGAAUUUCAAGCCUUUGCUUCCAUUAAAUGUUCAGAACCAAGUCAAUGAGCUGCUACCAUAUCACAAGUUUGAUCUCAGUUAUGAUCUGAAUUGCAACAAGAUAUGUGCGGAUUUCCAGGAAAACAUUGAAUUCCAGUUUUCUCUUGGCUGGACUUCACUGGUCAGUCGUUUUCUGGGACCUAAGAAUGCUCGUCGGGCCCUUCUGGGACUUGUUGACCCAACUUCUCAGUUUCUUCAACCACUAUCAGUAACCCCAACCAUGACAAAUGCUCCUGGAAUUGCUCCAGAAAACACAACUCAAGAAGAAAUGAUGAGGACCUUAACUAUUGGGAUAGCUUCUCUAACAUCACGGACUUCAAUGGGUGCUGUCAUUAUUGGAGGAGUGAUUUUCAGGACUGUGGGUUGGAGACUUAUAGCUAUUACUUUAAGUCUUUAUGGUUUAAUGUACAUGUAUGAACGUUUAACAUGGACAACAAAAGCAAAGGAGAGAACUUUCAAGGGCCAAUUUGUGGACUAUGCUACUGAGAAAUUACAGAUGGUUGUCGGUUUCACAAGUGCAAAUUGUAGUCAUCAAGUCAGUCAAAAAAUGAGCAGUACGUUUGCUCAACUAUGCCAUCAGGUAGCUCUGACGGAAAAAAAUUUAGAAGAAUCAAUCACCAUCCUCAACAAAAAAAUUGAACUCUUAGAAUCCACACAAAACCGAUCAAAGCUUCUGAGAAACAAGGCAACAUGGCUGGAAAAUGAAUUGGACAUAUUUACAAAGCAGUACUUGCAGCCAAACCACUGAAAACUUGCUGAUUUUCUUUUGUAUGUUUCUUCACUAACCUCAAGGACGGCAGAUGUCAAUGUUGCCAUAGUACUAUGUGAAAAAUACACACUUCCAGUCCCUUUAUGUACAGCAAGGAUCCUGGUUAAGUCUUUACAUUCUACAUAGUUAGAUACAUACUUAAACUAAAUUAAGAUACUUUCAAAGUUAAUUAUUACUAAAUAGGGUUGUACAAUGCAUGUAUUUUUGAGAUUCAGAUUGAUUAAGCAACCUUAUUGGAUCUUAAACCAAAUACAAGGGUAUUAAAAAUUUAAUGUAUUAAAUAUUAACAUUUUCAUUUUGAGCUGUGUACAUUUAUGUACUUGCUGAUCAAAACAAACAUACUUUCAUUUUCUAAUCAAUGGAAAACAAAUUUCCUAACUUAAUUCCCAUUGGUCUAUUUUCAAGGCUAUUAUACAAAUAUUAUAGUUGAAAAGAGACCAAUGGGAAUUAAGUAAAGGAAUGUUUUCUGUGGAUUAGAUUGGAAAAUGAAAGUAUGUUUGUUUGUUUGGAACUUCCAUUAAAUUGUCCCAGUGAGAAACGUUGACAUCUAUAAACUAACCUAACGUAACCUAUAGCAAACCAAGUUUGUAAAUGGAGCAUCAGCCAAUCACCCAUCUAGUCACUAACUUCAUGUUACCUUAGCAUUCAGUUGAAGCAGUAAUGAAUAGGAUAGAUGCAGUUUAAAUAGACAGCACAGGAGACUUUAGCCAUAAUAUUAUUCAGGUGAUCAAGUACUGUUAAUGUUACAGUUGGCUAAAUUUUGUACAAACUGCAUUUGAAGAAAAUAUCAAUGCAAACAAUAGUGCAGGGUCUAUAGAAAAUACUUCUUACAGUAGUUGUAGCCCAAGUAUUCAGUAUUAAAUUAUGACCAGAUUCCCCAGUUUCUACUACUGAAACUACAGGAGCUUAUUACUUUACCUAAUAUUCAGUUUUAUCAACAAUCUAUGGCCAUUUUGCCAACUGAAUUCUUAAUGGUCUUUUCAGUGCAUAAUCCCAAUCACAAGCAAAAAUAUUGCUUCAGAAUUGACAGCUCAGGUUUCAUUAAGUAAAAUGAUUGUAGAGUUAUGUUCUCCAGCCAUUAAAUUGGAGUUGGCUAAACACCAACCCUGUUUUUAAUACAGACAAGUUAUGAAAACCCAAAACUUCCAUGUUGCUAAAACUUCAUAUGUAAUCAAAGCUCUGUAACAAUAUUUCGCAUGGGAAUUCUGAUAUUUCUUUACAGGCAAAAUAGUAAGUUUUUUACUUCGUAUUUUUGCCAGUUUCCUCACACACUUUACCUGGUCUUUAAUUUUUUUUUAAAUUUCCAGGAUAAAAUACUAUGCUAUCUUACUUGUGAAAAAUCUUAUUCCAAUGAAAAGGGCUAAUCCUUUGAAUUACUUGAUUCAACAGUUCAAAUAUUUGGAUGAAAAACUGGAAUAUUUUUUAACUAGUUAAUCAUUUUUUAUGAUUGGAUAAUUCAUAGUGACCAUAUUAAAAGUGCUUUGAGAGCAAGUUUUGUACAGAACUGAUUCUUACUGUUAAUGACUUGUAUAUAUUUCCUUCUGCUAGAUGUGGACAAGCCACAUUUACAUCUUUUGAGCAUGUAUACUUGGAGCAGUUGUACCAUUUCUAUUAAAUUAUUUGACCGAU